CCUUUAGGCUCCCUUUGGCAGCAGCGAAUCCCGGAGGGAUCCCGGCUUUUUCUCCGGGAGAGAAUCCCGCGCGGCUAUUUUCCACGAACCACGACAUGCGUCCAUUUGGAAGACCGCCACCCAGGUCUCUCGGCCCCACAGGAGCAGGGUUUUCACAGGGAAUCAAGCCUGGCUUGCAGACAUGGGGCGUCAUUCCCCGUCUGUUUCCCUCGACUCAACUCCCCUCCGUCGCGUCCCCUCCGCCUCGCCUCAACUCUCCUCCAUUGCCGCCGCUCGGCCCUCACCUCGACUUCUCCUCCAUCGCCGCCACCGUGCAACACCAGCACCACCGUCUCCCGACUCUACAGAUGUUGGGGCUGCGGACGGCAGCAUCUUCCUCCCCACUCUGCCCCGUGCAUCCGCUCCGCGUCUCUGCCCCCAUUCUAUUCCGCAAUCCAUCCUCACCGCUGCCCGCUUUUCCUCGACGCUGACCAACGCCGAUCCGAUCCCCGGGGCGUACACGCACGGCAUGGCACGGUAGUUGACAUCUCAGUCCAUCUUCACCAGGCCAGGCUGCCAUCGUCCGGUCCUCAGUCCUCAUUGCCUUUCUUGCUUUCUAAGAGUAGUCUCCCUGCCUCGCAUUGCUUGAUCUAAAAUAUAAACAUGCAAUCCUAUGUUUCUAGCACUAACUGGUUCUGGUAGAUCCAGUUUACUGGUUCAUGAAUGCACUUGUUGAUAUGAAUUGGUAGCAUGAACUGGUUCUGGUAGAUCCAAUUUUUAACACAUGCUAGAAGUUUUUCUGCACAAUUGCACUUGGAAGCAUUAGCCAUAGGUUGAUAGUUUUCUGACAGGUGAAGUCUGUUGUGUCAGUUUCCUUUUUUAAUUUUUGACUUUGGUUCGAGGGUUGCUGACUUUGUUUCAGUGUGUGGAUUAAAAUGCCUAUUAGUCACUACUUGCUGCUGUCCACAAAACACUGCACAUGUUUUGUGAUUUAGGAUAGGCCUCAUUAGAUCUUGAUUGGAAAAUUAAAUACAGUAGCAGCUAACCUAAAAUAUACAGUUCAUUGUAAUUCAUGCAGCCAAAGAGGUAAAUUACCAACUCAUCCUGAUUUAUCUAUUGCAAAAGUGCAGAAUACUUGGUGGAAGCCGUGCAUGAUUUGAGAUGAGUGAGGUGAUACUUCAGUGCUUAUAUUCUUCUUUCCUUUGUCUUUAGAAUCCAGUAGUCCUUUCGUAGCUGUAUUAUCACACCUGUUAUUGCAGCAGGGUGAAUAACUAACACUUUAUCUUUAGUUUGGACUGUGCAAUGAUAGCACUGCAUGACGUUAUUCCUUUUUUCCUCAUUUAUUGUGCCAUGUCUGCUGCUCAUGUUUGUUUUAAGAACAAUUUCAAUCAGAAGCAAUCGUCAAUCCUAACCCAAUCUUCUAGUUUAUCUAUAUUUUUGGUAGGUACCACAAUCUGUCCUAUGCUUCAUCCAUUUUUUUUUCCAGUCAUGCCCAUGCUGCAAUGUAUGCCUAACUAACGAAUUAAUAUUGUUCCUCCAUUAUGUCAUUUUUCUUUCAGAUGUUGAUAUGCUUAGAACUCCCUGUUUGUUUGUGACAUACCAUUCUUUUGCCAUGAGGAUAUAAGACUGCCAUGUUUAAGUGGCUUAGAGAGCUUCAGCUGUGAAGGUGCCUGAUCGAAGUCCCUCGAAGAAAAACCGCACUAUGAGAAACCAGCACGGUUAUCAGAUUUUGGGGUGUAUUAAACAGAUUAUUUCAACCACUGUGCCAAGAAGAACCCAAGCAUUACCGGUUCCCAGGAGAAGAAUUUUUCAUUUUUUUGUAUAUAUGUUCAUAGACUAGGUCAUUAUAACCCGGUUUAUAUCUAUCUAUUGUAUGUAAAGGAUGGAGAACCAUCUGUUUCAAUGCUAUCGCUAGAUUUUAGAUGAUAAUUAUUAGACAUGAUUUCAUAUUUGAAAUAUCAUUUUUGUAUAGAGAGACCUAUUCCUGAGUU